AAUGGAAAGAAUAAGUGCCUUACAACUUUCAAAAGCACUCCUCGGAAUUAGAGGGGAAAAAAGUAAUAAAAAAAAACAAAAAAAACCAAAAAAAAUUUAGCAUUUCUGAUUCUUUUUCAUCUUGUUAGGGGAAUAAAGGAAACCCUAAGUGUAGAAUCACAUGCGAGUAUAGGGACAUGGGUGAUGAACGUAACAAUGGCCAAGAUGGACAACAAAGAAGGUUUGCCCUUCUUGGCAUCUCUUCAAUCCUCCUUGUGGCAAUGGUGGCUGCGGUUGGUGUUACCUUAAACCGCGACGGAGAAAGUGAUGACGGAGGUCGCAUCACGAGUGCUCAAAGGACCAACGUAGACGUACUUUGCCGCUCAACAGAAUACCGAGAAACCUGCAAAAAAAGCCUCUCAGGGGAAACCUCAAACGGAACCACAGACACAAUGGAACUCAUAAAAGCUGCGUUCAACGCCACAGCGGUGGAACUCAUAAACCACAUUAACAACUCCACCCUUUAUCAUGAGUUGGCAAAAGACAACAUGACAAGACAAGCCAUGGAUAUUUGCAAGGAAGUGUUUGACUAUGCUGUUGAUGGUAUCCACAAAUCUGCUGACACAAUGGACAGGUUUGAUAUGAAGAAGUUGGGUGAAUAUGUUUAUGACCUAAAGGUGUGGUUCGCGGGGAGUCUCUCUCACCAACAUACAUGCUUGGAUGGUUUCGCGAACUCGAACACAAAAGCUGGUGAUACAAUGCUCAAGGUUAUGAACACCUCGUUGGAGCUUAGUAGCAAUGCUUUGGACAUGAUCAAUGUGAUAUCCAACAUACUCAAGGAUCUUAACAUGAGCACUAUUGGCAAUAGGAGGCUUCUCUCUGAUGAUGCAGCAGUUAAGGAUGGUUUACCUUCGUGGAUGUGUGAAGGGCAAAGACGUCUUCUCCAGGCUGGGUCUGGAGGUAACAAGAUUGAUGCAAUUGUGUCACAAGAUGGGUCUGGCCAGUUUAAUUCUCUCCAAGAGGCUCUUAAGACUGUUCCCCCUAACAAUGCUGAAACUUUUGUGAUUCAUGUCAAAGCUGGUGUGUACAAGGAAUAUGUGGAUGUGACCAAGCAGAUGACCCAUGUCACAGUUGUUGGAGAUGGUCCUACAAAGACCAAGUUCACUGGCAAUUUGAACUUUGUCGAUGGCGUGCAAACUUACAAAACUGCUACCUUUGCUGUGAAUGGUGCCAACUUCAUGGCCAAGGAUAUUGGAUUUGAGAACACAGCAGGGUCCGAGAAACAUCAAGCAGUGGCACUUCGAGUAACAGCAGAUCAAGCAGUGUUCUACAAUUGCCAAAUGGACGGUUACCAAGACACCCUUUAUGUCCAAUCCCAACGCCAAUUCUAUCGUGAUUGCACCGUUAGUGGCACCAUCGACUUUGUCUUCGGAGAUGCAUUUGGAAUGUUCCAAAACUGCAAACUAGUGGUGAGAAAGCCCUUAACCAACCAAAAGUGCAUGGUGACAGCUGGUGGCAGAACCAAAUCUGAUAGCCCUAGUGCCCUAGUGUUCCAGAAAUGCCACUUCACAGGGGAACCCGAAUUGGUUAACAUGCAACCCAGGAUAUCAUAUCUUGGAAGGCCAUGGAAAUCAUAUUCAAAGGUGGUGAUCAUGGAAUCUCAAAUUGACAACAUCUUUCUGCCAGAAGGGUACAUGGCUUGGAUGGGAACUCAAUUCAAGGAGACAUGUGUAUAUUACGAGUAUAACAAUAAGGGUCCUUGUGCUGACACAUCUAUGAGAGUUAAAUGGCCAGGUGUUCAGAGCAUAACCUCUGGUGAAGCAAAUAAAUAUUACCCUGGAAAGUUCUUCGAACUUGCUAAUUCAACUGACCGUGAUACUUGGAUUAUUGAUGCUAAGAUACCCUACUCUCUUGGUUCUAUGGGAUCCUAAAAUUCUACACCCAUAGGAAAAUGUUAAAGGGUAAGAAUUUGAUAAAUGAGAAAGAGAAAAAAAAAAAAAAAAAAA